CUGCCGCAGUGCCGCUCCCCAGCCUUUCCCUUCCAUUUUCGAAAAUCCGUUCCUUCUUCCUCCAUAAUUACCACGUCGUCAUCCGAAGAGGGAAAAGGGGGUAAAGGAAGUCAUCGAUGGGGUUAUUUGAAUCGGAUUGGUGGCGCGUGGCGGCGGCGACGUUGGCCGUCGCUGUGGCGGCUGCGGCGGGCUUGUGGAGGGCAGUGCGGUUGGUGCACGAGUGGUCGUACGAGAGGAAUCUCGACGAUGAUCUUCGCCGUCGGCUUCCACCUGGGGAUUUAGGUUUUCCGUUCAUCGGCAACAUGUGGGCGUUUCUCCGAGCAUUCAAGUCGGGUGUUCCUGAUUCCUUUAUUGAUUCUUUUGUUCAAAGAUAUGGCCGCAUUGGGAUAUACAAGUCAUUUAUGUUUGGAAGCCCAACAAUUUUGGUUACUAUACCUGAAACCUGCAAACCAGUAUUGAUGGAUGAUGAGAACUUUGUAACAGGAUGGCCUAAAGCUGCUGUUGAACUUGUUGGAAAAAAGUCAUUCAUAGGAAUAUCUCCUGAGGAGCACAAGUGGCUCAGAAAACUAACAUCAGCUCCUAUCAAUGGUUACGAUGCACUUUCCACAUAUCUGAAGUUCAUUGAAGAAACUGUUGUAUCAACACUGGAGAAGUGGGCAGAGAUGGGACAAAUUGAGUUCCUUACUGAGAUUCGGAAGCUUACAUUCAGGAUUAUAAUGCAUAUUUUUCUUAGCAUGGAGGGUGACAGUGUGAUGGAGUCUUUGGAAAGAGUAUACACUGAUCUCAACUAUGGCAUGAGAGCAAUGGCAAUCAAACUUCCUGGAUUUGCAUAUCAGAGAGCCCUGAAGGCUAGGAAGAAAUUGGUGGAAGUUCUCCAAGCUGCCCUGGACAUUAGAAGGGCUUCAAGGGCCAGAGGAACUUCUAAGAAGGCAAAGGACAUGAUGGAUGGCUUAAUUGAUGUUGAAGAUGAAAAUGGCAGGAAACUGGACGAUGAGGAAAUCAUUGACACAUUGAUCAUGUACCUCAACGCUGGUCAUGAAUCUUCUGGCCAUAUUACUAUGUGGGCCACCAUAUUCCUGCAAGAAAAUCGUGAAUAUUUUGAAAAAGCCAAAGCAGAACAGGAAGAAAUCAGACGAAAUAUGCUACCCACACAGAAGGGAUUAACACUCAAGGAUGUCCGAAAAAUGGAAUAUCUUUCAAAGAUUAUUGAUGAGACAUUGAGGAUUGUGAACAUCUCCUUUGUGUCUUUCCGGCAAGCAACAACGAACGUUUACAUAAAUGGAUACUUAAUUCCAAAAGGUUGGAAAGUUCAAACUUGGUAUCGGAAUGUCCACAUGGAUCCUGAAGUUUAUCCUGAUCCAAAGAGUUUCAAUCCAUCUAGAUGGGAUGGUCUUGUUCCAAGGGCAGGGACCUUUCUUCCCUUCGGUGCUGGUAGCAGGCUUUGUCCAGGAAAUGACCUUGCCAGGAUAGAGAUCUCCGUUUUCCUUCAUUAUUUUCUCUUGGGUUACAAACUUGAACGUGCGAACCCAGAGUGUCCAGUGAGAUACUUGCCUCACCCAAGGCCCACGGAUAACUGUCUGGCAAGGAUCACCAAGCUAUUAACAACCUCAUCGUAAGCCAAAGCAUGUAUGUAAGAAUAUUUCAAAGUA